UAGAGAAAUCACUUCACAGUUCUAUCUCUCUCUCUCUCUCUCACACACACACACACACACACACACUCCUCCUCAGGAAUCAACUCUUUAUUGUGUUGUUAACUUUGAACAGAUGAAGCCUAAUAAUAUUGGAGAAGAACUUCAAGAUUCGUACGAUGAUCAACAUAAAUGGGUUCUUGAUUCUUCCCUCGACAGCAGAGGACGUGUUCCUCUUCGGGCUCGAACUGGUGCUUGGAAAGCUGCACUCUUCAUCAUCGCAAUCGAGUUCACCGAGAGAUUGAGUUACUUUGGUUUAGCUACAAACUUAGUGGUCUAUUUAACAACAAUUAUCCACCAAGAUCUCAAGACGGCUGUGAAAAAUGUGAACUACUGGUCAGGUGUCACUACUUUGAUGCCUCUUUUUGGAGGCUUUGUAGCAGAUGCUUAUCUUGGCCGUUACACCACUAUCUUGGUUGCAUCCACCAUUUACCUUACGGGUUUGGUCCUUUUAACAAUGUCCUGGUUUAUACCAGGCUUGAAACCAUGUCUCGAAGAAGUGUGCGUUGAACCUAGGAAAGCACAUGAAAUAGCCUUCUUCAUUGCCAUAUACUUGAUCUCCAUAGGAACUGGAGGUCAUAAGCCAUGCCUUGAGAGCUUUGGUGCUGACCAGUUCGACGAUGAUCAUGUUGAAGAAAGAAAGAUGAGGAUGUCUUAUUUUAACUGGUGGAACGUUUGUCUAUGUGCUGGUAUCCUAACGGCUGUGACUUUCCUUGUCUAUAUCGAAGACCGGGUUGGUUGGGGUGUCGCCGGCAUCAUACUCACUACACUCAUGGCUAUUUCACUUCUCAUCUUCCUCAUUGGAAAACCACUUUAUCGUUAUAGGACACCUUCUGGUAGCCCUUUGACUCCUAUGUUACAGGUACUUGUUGCCGCCAUUGCCAAGAGAAACCUUCCUUAUCCUUCAGAUCCUUCUCUGCUUCAUGACGUUUCCAAGGCAGAGUUUACAACUGGCCGGCUUCUCUCACACACAAAGCAUCUUAAGUUUCUUGACAAGGCAGCAAUAAUUGAAGACAACACUCCUCUAGAUCUCCAGAAACAGAGUCCAUGGAAACUUGUAACGUUGACAAAAGUGGAGGAAGCAAAGCUGAUCAUCAACGUGAUUCCCAUAUGGCUCUCCACAUUAGUCUUUGGCAUUUGUGCUACACAAACUAAUACUUUCUUCAUCAAACAAGCAACCAUAAUGGACAGACACAUAACCAGUAACAACAGCUUCACAGUCCCUCCAGCUUCCAUAUUCUCCCUCACUGCUCUCUCACUGAUCAUUUCACUCACCAUCUAUGAUAAACUCAUCGUUCCCUCGCUGAGACGCAUCACACAUAAUCAAAGAGGCAUCAACAUUCUCCAGAGAAUCGGGACCGGUAUGCUUUUCUCCGUUGCAACAAUGAUCAUUGCAGCUCUUGUUGAGAAACAACGAUUGGACCGUAGUGAAAAGAACGAACCAAUGAGUGUGAUAUGGCUAGCUCCUCAGUUCAUAGUCAUUGGCGUUGCGGACGCGUUCACGCUCGUUGGACUUCAAGAGUACUUCUACGACCAAGUCCCUGAUUCCAUGAGAAGCUUAGGUAUAGCGAUUUACCUAAGCGUGUUAGGAGCAGCUAGCUUUCUUAACAAUCUACUGAUCACAGUGGUUGAUACUAUAGCUGAUGAUUUCUCGGCCAAGAGUUGGUUCGGGAAGGACCUGAACAGUAGCCGGUUGGACCGGUUCUACUGGUUCCUAGCCGGUGUAACUGCUGCUAAUAUAUGUGUCUUUGUUUUUGUGGCGAAGAGAUGUCCUUACAAAAGCGUGCAGCCAAACCAAGUCGUUGUCGACUCGUCCGUGUCCGUUGCCGUUGCCUGAAUAAAUAAUUUUUGUUACAAGAAUAGUAACGUUUAUCACUUCUUCUUCGAGGUUUCACAUUGGUCAUCACAUAUUGUAGACUUCAUCCAAUUAUAUUAGGAAAUCUUAUAUUAGUUUGACGAAAACAAAGACAAUGAUUGUUGCUUGAUUUAAGAUAUAUUUUCUGAACAUUUAAUCUC